AUGUUUAGUGCGGAGGGUAGGACGAUGUUGUAUCGGGCUGCGUUGGCGGCUGCUUCGACGCAGUGGGUUUUGAGACGGAGGGAGGUGCCGGGGCGGAGGGGGGUAGCAUCGGCUGGAAGGGACAGCGGUGAGGCUGAGGUGGCUAUUGCUUUGGGCGCUUUGACGGAGGAAGGAGAUGUUCUCGUGACACUUGAGGACGAACGUGAAGCAGCAGCAGCAGUUGCGUCCAACGCAGACUAA